AUGGAAACAAGGUAUGGCCAAGUCAUUGACAAAAAACAAACAAACAAACAAAACAAAAAAAAACAGUUGUGAUUGUGACAGACCAGGAUUGCAGGGCAUGCUACUGUUUGUUUAAAAAAUGUGUGUGAUAUUUUCAUUGAUGUCUUUAUAGUAUUUGUGCAACAGAAGCAAUUGAAGGCCUGAAUGAAGUGGAGUUCAAUUACAUGAGAAACUCAGUGUAAAUUUAGGUUGCAGAUAUGUCCCAAUCUAAGAGAAGAACAAUACAUUUACUGUGUAUUCAACAAAUUACACCUUAUUUUAUGCACUUGAAUUGUCCGAUUUGUGUACAUAGGAUUGGUUGGGCAGAUCAGUCAUGGUAAGAUGACAGUGAAGGAGAUGAAACCUGGUUUCCUGAAGAGGAGACUGAGGUUGGGUCAUCUGAAGAAGAAACGGAUACACAGGAAGAUGACACAAACCUCACUGAUGACAGUGACGGUACUGACUGUGAAUACCUGCCUCUUCUUUGUGUGAAGCACGUAUUGCAUACCACCACCUCAUUCUAUCAUAAAAACUAACAUUAGAAUGGCCACUAAACUGCUUCAUCACAGUGCUGUACCUACAGUUAUAUUGUAACGUUUAAUGCCUUUUAUUUAUUCUAUUCCCCUGGAUAUAGAUCUCAGCACCCUUUUUAUUUUCUUCCUGAUCAUAUAACAUAUUUUUAAAAUUAGUCAUGGAACUGUUGAGGUCCUCUAAAAGGGGACUAAUGUGUGGCUAAAAAAAACUUGCAAAGACAUAGCAUUGCUUUCAUGCAGGACAUUGGAAUUCUGACCCAAGUACUCUAACCUCUUCUGAGGGGAUUUCCACUUUGUUACACAGGACAGGUGGAGCUCUACAAAAGGAGCAAUGGUUAAAUGGGCUUCCUGCUGUUGGUAUUGAGGACACUGUGCAUGACAUGGAGGAUCAACCUCCAGAAAUUAUACCACCAGCACCAGGUAGUGCACUGGUCGAGUGUGAGGAGGACCUCAUUGGUCAGCAGGCCUCCAUUGUGUACCAUAGAUGUUUGCAGCAGCUGGUUGAAUAUCUCCUGAUGCCUGUCCGAACGUGUACCUACAAAGACCCCUUUACCAGAGUAGACUGCAAUGCCCCUCAACCUUUUGAUGUCAAAAUACAUGCCAGGGGCACAUCUGCUGUCAUCGAGUGGGUGAGUAUUGGGUUAAAACAAAGGGCAGAUAUUCAUCACACUUGACUACUACAUCAUCACUGUAAUUUUUUUAAAUGUGUGGUUCAUGUCUAAUAAUGACAGCUGAUGUUUUGUCCUGUCUUCCUUUGUCUUUCUUUUAAGAUCUGUCCCCAGGGUCACAUUGUCUGGAGAUGGAAUUUUCAGCCAAUAUUGAAGUAUAGAAUGCAAGCUGGAGAAUUCAUGUUGGCCUCUAAACAUCCUUCUCUCCAGAAAUAACUAUGGGAAGAUAGCGCUCCUCUUCAAAUUCAUGAACAUGGGGGUAGUAGAAGGGUCCUCCCCCUUUAAAAUCCAGGACCUCUACUGUGUCAACAGCAUCAAGGAGUUCUGGAAUGAAGAGGGCAGCAGUCAUAACCUGGUUGAAGUCAAGGGACAGUGUAGUGACCCUGCGUAAGUGAACUGCUUAUUCACUCGCUUACUUACUGUCACAUUCACUCUCACUAACCUACAUCUGUAAUAUUCAAUGACUUCACUGUAUAGUUCAAACAUAUUCAAUAGUUCUAGUAUCGCUAUUGCUGUGUUUCACCAUAUCUUACUCAUCCAUUUUAGAUUACUGUUGUCAUGCAUGUUUCUAAGUGUAUGAACACAUUAACAAUCAGUCUGCUUUUUUUGGCCUUUUUCCUCAUAUUUUUAGGUGAUGCUCAUAUGGACAGUCCUGGAUUUUCUGCUCAGUACUGCAUGUACACCACCAUGGACAAUGACACAAAAGAGAUAAUCUUGGUUGUCAACAUUGACAAGAGGGUGACUCAGAAAAAUUCUGUCAUCAUGGAGAAGGAGGCCUAUGUCUGA